AAGGGGGAGUCCGCCCCAUCUCCAGGGCUCCCAGACAGCAGCCGGAUUGGAUCGGGGCUGGCUCCCGGGCGCCAGGCUAAGCCCCCGCAGCAGGCAGCCCGGCCCCGGGAGCUGGACCCCUCCUCCCGGCCCGGGACCCCUCUUCGGGCUGCAGCCACCAGGGCUCCUCGCGGGACGCGGGCCCGGGUGGCGAGAGCGCGGCGGGCUCCGCGGGGCCCCGGCGAUCUUGGCCCAGACGGCGCCGCGAGGACCUCCGAGCGCCGUCCCGGGCCGAUGUCCCAGGUGAGUGGCCAGCACUCCCCUCAUUGCGACGCUCCCCAUGAAGCCCCCAGCGCAGCCCCCGGCCCAGCCCAGUCCCCAUUGCCCCUGCCUGGGCUGGAGGCAGGAACAGGACCCACUCACCCUGUGGAGGCAGUGCUAGAAGAGGGCUCCCUGGAGGAGGAGGCACCCCCCAUGCCUCAAGGCAAUGGCCCUGGGGCCCCCCAGGCCCUGGACAGCACUGACCUCGACAUCCCCACAGAAGCUGUGACACGCCAGCCUCAGGGGAACCCCUUGGGCUGCACCCCACUACUGGCGAAUGGCUCUGGCCACCCCUUGGAGCUGGGCGGCGCCAGGCGGGCGGGGAAUGGUGCCCUGGGUGGCCCCAAGGCCCACCGGAAGCUGCAGGCUCACCCAUCUCUCGCCAGCCAGGGCAGCAAGAAGAGCAAGGGCAGCACCAAAUCCGCUGCCUCCCAGAUCCCUCUCCAGGCACAGGAAGACUGCUGCGUGCACUGCAUCCUGUCCUGCCUGUUCUGCGAGUUCCUGACGCUGUGCAACAUCGUCCUGGACUGCGCCACGUGCGGCUCCUGCAGCUCCGAGGACUCGUGCCUCUGCUGCUGCUGCUGCGGCUCCGGCGAGUGCGCCGACUGCGACCUGCCCUGCGACCUGGACUGCGGCAUCCUGGACGCCUGCUGCGAGUCGGCCGACUGCCUGGAGAUCUGCAUGGAGUGCUGCGGGCUCUGCUUCUCCUCCUGACCGCCCCCCGCAGGCUCCGGGCGGCCCGGGCCGUCGCUCCCAGCAGAUCGGCCCCCUCCCGUCCUCCCGCCCCCGCCCGUGACCGCCCAGAACCCCAGCCCAGUGGGGGGGGGGGGCGCUCCGGGGACCACCUCAUUCCCGGGAGCUGGGCCCGGGGCGCAGAGCCCGUCCUCCCGGCCCGGGACCUGGCGGCGGGGGGUUAGGGUGGGGUCCGCUCGGGGACGGCGGCGCGGAACACUGUGAACGCCGGGGGAGGGCAGGGGCGUGGGAGGCGGGCUGUGCGCUCCUCUACCUCUCCCUGCCCCCGGCGCCCGCCUCCCGCUGCGCCCAGGCUGAGAGCGCAGCAAAAUGUGAAAAGAGGCGCCCACCCCGCCCUCAGCCAGCCCCUCCCUGCUCCUCUUUCCUGGGCUUUGGGGGUGGGGGUGGGGUGACCCAUACAGUGACCUCAGCGCGCAGAGCUGGGCUCGGACCUGGGCGGGGUGGGAGCGGGAAGGGUAUAGAAACGACUGGAAGGGGAGAGAGGGGAUGGAGGGAGGGUCUGUUCUAUUUGUCGCUGUAAAUAAAGGUAUUUGUCAUCUCCGA